AUGAGUUCGCAUCACCAUCAUGAUAAAUCUUGUUCUCACGACCAUUCACUAUAUGCACAAGACUUAGACGAAUUAGAUUUUCAAAGAUCGAUACAUAAUGCAUCUUUAAUUGGUAAUAUUUCACAAGUAAAGUCAAUUAUUUCAAAGAAAGGUAGCGCAAUUACGAAUCAAAUUGAUACUGCUGGAUAUACUCCUUUGCAUUAUGCAGCUCGAAGUGGUAAUCUAGAGAUAUGUCGUCUUUUACUGGAACAUGGUGCAAAUGUAAACGCUGUAACUCCAGAACUCUCGUCAACUGUGAAUUCUGAUGGACAUACUCCAUUAGACAAGGCUCGUAAAAAUGGAUCUGAAGACGUUAUUUUAAUUUUGAAAAAGUUUA